UGACCAAUAAGACGAACCAUUCCGCUAAUAUACAGUAUUAACUCUCUCUCUUUCUUUCAGUCCCACAGAAGAGAAAACGGCCGCCCGAAGCCCUGUACUUUCUUGCUCUUCCGCUUCUUCAAUCACUAGAAGACAAAAGGAAAAAGAGAGAGAUAAGACGGAGUUUUAUUUUUUGCAGGGAGAAUUAGAGUAGGAUGGGAGAGGAAAGGGUAUAAUUUAUUUAGAGAAAGAGGGAAUCUUUGUCUUAUGGCAUGCCUGAGGAAGAAGCAGCACUCCAUUGAAGGCCUCCCAAUAUCCGAUUCUUCUCUUUUCUUGGCCCACCCCACCAACCCACUUGAAGACUUUUAUAAAAAACUGAAUCGCUUGCUGCUGAUUUUCUCUCCCCGGAAAUGAAAAGCUCGUGGGUCGUUGUGCGGUUUCUUGCCGUGUUCUUGGUCUUCUUUUCUCUAAUUGCAUCCAUGACAGUGCAAGGAUUCACUGGAACCUAUGGAAUAAAUUAUGGAAGAAUUGCAGAUAACAUCCCUUCACCCGAUGAAGUUGCUACUCUUCUCAGAGCAGCAAAAAUAAAAAAUGUAAGAAUUUACGAUGCCGAUCACAGUGUUCUAAAGGCAUUCAGUGGAACUGGGCUUGAAUUAGUGGUUGGUCUUCCAAAUGGAUCCCUGAAAAAUAUGAGUUCAAGUGAGGAUCAUGCAAUGAGUUGGGUUAAAGAGAAUGUACAGUCUUUCCUUCCUGAGACACAGAUUCGUGGCAUUGCGGUGGGCAAUGAAGUUUUUGGAGGGGGUGAUUCUGAGUUGUGGGCUGCUCUUGGUGGUGCAGUGAAAAAUAUAUACAGUGCCAUAAAUAAGCUUCAUCUGGCUGAUGUGGUUCAGAUUACCACAGCACAUUCACAGGCUGUUUUUGCCAAUUCCUACCCUCCCUCUUCAUGUAUAUUCAAAGAUAGUUUUGUUCAAUAUAUGAAGCCACUCCUGGAGUUUUUCGCACAAAUUGAUUCUCCUUUCUGUUUAAAUGCCUACCCAUUCCUGGACUAUACAUAUGAUCCAGAGAACAUUGAUAUUAACUAUGCUCUUUUCCAGCCAACCCAGGGGAUCUAUGAUCCAAAAACUGAGCUGCAUUACGAUAACAUGCUUGAUGCACAGAUUGACGCAGCAUAUGCAGCUCUGGCAGAUGCUGGAUUUAAAAACAUGGAAGUCAUAGUUACAGAGACUGGAUGGGCUUCAAAUGGAGAUGAUAGUGAAGCUGCAGCCACAGUAGAUAAUGCUAGGACAUAUAAUUAUAACCUGCGGAAAAGGCUUGCAAAGAAGAAAGGAACCCCUUUUAGGCCAAAAAGGGUGGUGAAGGGAUAUGUUUUUGCAAUAUUUAAUGAAAAUUUGAAGCCUGGGGCAACUUCUGAGAGAAAUUUUGGAUUGUUUAAGCCUGAUGGGAGCAUUGCAUAUGAUAUUGGGUUUCAUGGACUUGUAUCUUCAGCUGCAGAUACAUCACACUUGUCUUUGAAGGAUAUUCGAGCUCGAGGUUGGCUUGGGUCCAAUAUUUUGGUUUCCGCAUUCUCUGCAGUGGCACUGCUUCUGUUUUUAAGAAUAAUGAAUGAAUGAAAACGGUCCAGGGAUGCCAAACCAGCACGAGGCAUUCAAAAGGUUUGGAAUUUGGUACCAUUUGAUGUCACACUCCAGAGUACGAACAGUGUGUGCCAUUGAUUCUUGUCUUCUUCAUUAGUUACCAUGCUGAUUAUUUCAUAUCUCAGCAAAUGUAUAUUGGUUUUUGCCUUACCAAACGGCUGCUCUCUAAUAUAAUAUAUUUUGCAUUA